AUGGGCGCCAGCGAGAGUGUUGUCGUGGGUGCUUUAGAAGAAAUCCAAGCAAAUAUAUCUCAAAGUAGCCCCGAAAUCAGCGAAGAGAUCACUGAAAAAUGCCGAGCGUUAUGGUCGAGUCUUCCUUCGGAAUCAAAGACAAAGAUCGGGUUGUGUGCGUGUUCUAGGAGAUCUGAUCACAAUCCAAAGAAGCAGGAUAUAAUUGUUCCUGAAAUCUUGACCUCCGCUAUUGGACAGUGGAUCGAGCAGCCGCAUAUGUUUUUCCACAAAAGUGGCAGUCGGCUUGAUCUACACGUGUCGAAAUCUCCAACCAAAGAUAUUCAACGCUACGCCGAGCAACUUGGGGCCGAAGAAAACGGUGUGCUAGAUAUAUUUCGUGAGCGGUUUGUCAAAAUCAUUUUGAUGAAACUGAAAGAUAUUGGACAAAUAGCUGAAGAGAUAUCCACCACUGUGGCACAUGGUGGUAAGAUUGAUCUCGCACAAUACAUUUGUGAGGGACGUCGACUAUACGGGCUCUGUCGUGACAUCGGGAAACGCCAGGAAAACCUCAAUCAUGCUGAGCUGGGGAACCUGUUUGCGUUGCCCCAAUAUGCCUCUACAGAAUUGUGA